AUGCUCUUGGACGAGGGCGCGGACCCGCGCGUGGGCGUCGGCGGGAUGACCCCGCUGGGUCUCGCGGUGAUGACGCGUCAGUCGGACCUCGUGAAGGCGCUGCUGAGCUGGCGCGGCGGCGACGGGAAGAAACAGAAGAAGCAGCUCCCGCCGGUGGAAGGACUCGGCAUGGGCCUCGUCGGCGGCGGCGACGGCGACGAGGGAGGAGACGACAAGAGAGACGACGACGACGGCGACGGCGGCGACGAAAAAGCCAUCCCGUGCGACGACGCCUCCGCGAUCGCGCCGCCCGGCGACGACAAAAAGGCGUCGGGCGGUAAGAGCAAAAAGACCAAGAAGAAGCAAACGCUACAGAGGGUGGACCCGGACGAGCCCAUCGACGCCGCGGUCCUGGACGACGGCGACCCCGACGGCGCCGGGAUGUGCCAGUGCCCCGUGUGCCAACGACGCGACAACGCCCAGGCGCCCGGCGGGAUGGACGCGUUGGACUGCAACCUCGCGUACGGCGGUGGUUCGGGCGGCUCGAAAAACCCGCUCGCCGCCGCGCUCGGCCCGCUCGACGGGUACGGCGCGGAGCGGCAUCUCACCCCGCUCGCCGCCGCCGCCAAGCUCGACGACGCGGAGACGGUGACCGCGCUGCUGCUCGCCGGCGCGGACCCGGAGCGCUCCUCCGGGGGCAUGCCGCCGCUCGCGCACGCGUCCGGGAAGGGCUCGUGCGCCGCGGUGGUCGCGCUUCUGGACGGCGGCGCUAAGCUCGAAUCCGGCGCGUCGCUGCCGCUCGUCCGCGGCGACCGACGCGUGCUCACGCCGCUCGGCGUCGCCGCGGAGGCGGGCGAGCUCGCCGCCGUUGAGCUCCUCCUCGAGCGCGGCGCGGACCCGAACGGGCCUCCGGGCGCCGGGAUGGAGCCGCCGCUGUGCUGCGCGGUGACGGACCCGCCGGACGACGACGACGGCAACCCCGUCGUCGGCGUCGUCAGAGCGCUCAUCGCCGCGGGGGCGGAUCCGAACGCGUCGAAAGAGGACGCGCAGUCGCCGUACUCGCCGCUCAUGGUGGCCGCGGGCGCGGGGUCCGUCGCCGUCGUCAAGGCGCUGCUCGACGGCGGCGCGGACCUGGAGCACGUCGUGCGCGUCACCGUCGGCGACAGCGGCGGGCCGAGAGGCGGGCCGGACCGGAAGUGCCAAAUCACCGCGCUGUUGCACGCGGCGUAUUGCAACGAGCUCGACGCGGUGCGGUUCUUGUUGCUUCGCGGCGCGAAGCUCUUCUCCGCGGACCGCGAGGCGAUGUCGUUGGUGUGCGAUCACCUGCGUUCGAAAGCCGCGCACGGCGUCCCGGACGCGGCGGCGACGCUGUCGCUGCUGCGGCAUCAGGCGGACGCGGAGGCGGACGAGGAGGAUGAAAAGGCGGAGCAGCGUUUGCGGGAGGAGCGCGCGCGAGCGGCGGAGCUCAAGGAGGAGCGGAAGCGGCAGCGGCAGGCGGAGAAGGUGGCCGCGGAGGCGGACGCGGUUCGUAAAAAGUUGGAGGACGAGCAGCGGAAGGCUGCUGAGGAGACCGCGGAGGCGGAGCGCCUCGCCACGCGUCUGAAGAAGCAAGAGGAGUACAAGAAGGAGCAAGAGGCGAGGAAAGCCGCGGCGGCGGCGAAGCGAGCCAAGGAAAAGGAAAAGAAAGCCGCGGCCAAGGCGCUCGCGGAGAAGGAAGCCGAGGAGGAAGCGCGCGCGCAGGCGAACAUCCUCCAAGAAGUGCAGGACAUGGUCGCGGACCUCGAGGUGAAGCGCAAGGCGGAAAACGCGGAGCGCGAGGCGCGCGAGAAGCUCGAACGCGAGGCUGCCAUCAAGGAGGAGGAAGAACGCGAGGCCAAGGAGAAAGCCGCGGAGGCGGCGGAGCUCGAACGGAAGGCGGCGCGGAAGCGCGAAGCCGCGGGGAAACAAGCCAACGUCAAGCCCGCGGCGCCGCUCUCCGCGGCGGCCGCCGCGGCCGCGGCCAAGGCGCACCUCCUCGCGCGCGACGAAGCCGAGGGCUUCGUCGGGCCGCCGACCAAGGUGACCAAGGAGGACGCCGCGGAGGGCGCGAGCUGGGCGCACACCGGCGGGUUCUUCGUGUUUCUGUGCAACGACUCCACGGAGGACGAGUGCUACGAGAGAGCGCUGUUCGGCGCGCCCGCCAAGUUCUGGGACGUCGCCGUCGAGCACGUCAAGCCCGGGACCACGCUCGUUCUGUACAACUUCGCCGCGCGCACGCUCAGCGGGCCGUACGAAGCGCUCGCCGCGCCGGGGUGGAACGAGGUCCCGGAAGGGUGGCAGGGCGGACGAGGCGCGCCGCCCGGACGGAGGUGA